CGUUUCGCAUUCACGCAAGAGAUCGAGACUAUAAUCAAAAUGGGAACUUGUCAUCGUGAAGAGGAUGGAUUGAGCAUUCUAUAUGAAGCAUCACGCACAGGAUCUGUAUCAACUUUGAACUCAGUUUUGCAGAAAGAACCAUUAAUCCUUCACAAAAUUUCACUGAGUGGCUUCACAGAAACUCCUUUACACAUAUCAGCUUUGCUCGGCCACCUUGAGUUCACGAAGGCACUUCUCACGUGCAAACCCAAGCUGGCCAUUGAGGUUGACUCUUCUCAAAGCACGGCCCUGCACUUGGCUUCUGCAGAAGGUCACAACGACGUCGUUAAGGAACUGCUUAAAGUUAAUAACAAGCCAUGCCUGUUUCCUAAUGGAGAAGGCAAGAUUCCAUUGCACUAUGCAGUUACCAGAGGAAGAACCGAAGUUGUGAAAGAGCUGGUCAAAGCGAAGCCUGAGUCUCUGAGCUUUCUCGAUAAUGGAAACACUGUUUUUCACCUAUGUGUGAUCUACAAUCAUUUGGAGACUCUCAAAGCUUUGGUGGAAUUAGAACUCGCUAUUUCUGGGAAGCUUCUCAACUCCACGAGUUCUGAUGGAUCAGGGAACACCAUUUUCCAUUUAGCAGUCAUGUCGAAGCAAGUUGAGACUAUAAAGUACCUCCUAUCAAUCCCAAACGCUAGAGAAGUGGCAAGCUUAAAGAACGACAUGGGUCUUGCUGCAUUUGAUAUCCUUAAACGGAAUCCCAAAGAUUUCAAAACCCUAGAAAUCCAACUGAUGCUGAUGGAAUGUUCUGGAAUCAGAACUGAAGAAAACGGAAUCCACGUUCAUUCACACUCCUCAUCACCACCAGUUGCAAGAUCUCGAAUCCGAAAGAAGAAGAAGAAAAGGAAUUGUUUCAUGAGAAUUUUGAAAUGGAUUGGUGGUUGGUUCAGACACAAGGGUGACUGGCUAGAAGAAAUGAGAGGAAAUCUGAGUUUAGUGUCCACUGUUAUAGCCACCAUAACAUUUCAAUCUUUAAUCAACCCACCUGGUGGCUUCAUUCAGCAAGGUUUAUCUCGUGACUCUUCGUCACCAAAUGAUGCCCUAAACUGCACCAUCCUUAAUAACAACGAGUCUUACUGUCCUGGAGAAGCAAUAUCAUCUUUUCGUCUCCAAACUUUGUUUCUGAGAUAUGUGAUUUGCAAUACCAUCUCUUUCAUUUCAUCGCUCAGCGUCACACUCUUGCUCGUAAGUGGGGUUCCUGUGAAGAACAAAGCUUUGAUAUGGCUGUUAUCAAUAGGCAUGUGUAUCACUCUCACAACCCUGGCUCUUGCAUACUUGAUUGCCCUUAAAAUGGUGUUGCCAGACCAUCUUUGGGAUAACCAUGCCGCGUCGAUCACAAUUGAAGCGUCAGUUUUGGCGUGGGCUGCAAUGCUUUUUCUGAUUGUGGUGUUAAUCACACUGCGUCUUUUUAUUUGGAUCGUAAAGAAAUGUUUCAGAGCAAUAAAAAAGCUUUUGACAUGGGCAGUUGGGUGAACUUGAUGCUGCUUCUUUUUAUGACAUUUCAUUUCAACUACUUAGGUCCAAUUUGGUUUCUACAGUAUUUCUUGUUUAAAGCUUGGUGUAACAUGUUUACAUGGUGUUAAUUAUGCCUACUUAAGGCUAUAAUUAGUUCAAGUGGGAUGUAAAAUUUGUAAUUUACUUUGUAAUUACAGCAUAAAGUAGGUAUAAUUAACUUUAUCAA